AUGAGUGGGCGUGGUUCAAAAACGGGCCGAGAAGCCCUGGAUUACUCUUUGGCACGUCGAGAUGGGCUACACAUGGCUUUGCGCCUCCUUGCGCCAGCACGCACCAACCAGCCCCUUCCGCGUCGUGGCAUACGCGCUGGCGGCCAAAGUGCGGUGCGAGAGGUGCGUGGCCCCAAGCAGCAUCAGUACAGCGGCGGCAGCGCAGCAUACACCAAUGGCGUCGUCAGCUGGCGAUGCGGCGAGAUUUACUGUAAACUCUGUCAAUUCCUCCGCUCUCUCCCUCUACACUUCUUUCCCUUUCUGGGUUUCCUUUCUGGGUUUCCUUUCCUCUGCGGCUCUCUGCGGCUGAUUGUAGGCCUGUUCGAAGGCCCUUCACUCACCUGCUAUGAGUGGGCGUGGUUCAAAAACGGGCCGAGAAGCCCUGGAUUACUCUUUGGCACGUCGAGAUGGGCU